GUCUUAUUUAAAAAAAUAUAGUUAUUUAAUAUAAAAGGUCUCUCUCUCUCUACACACCGCAAACCACCUCUGUACACUUUUUCUUUUUUCCUAAGAAUAGUUCAUUUUUUGUUUCAAGAUGGAUCAAAGAUGGCCAUUCUUCUUCAAAAAAAGCUUGUACCAAAUAAAGUAAUCGGGAAUCGGAUUACACAGUGGUGCAUAACUCUUUGGAUUAUUUACACUCCGCCAGAUUCUUCACCUAGAUGUGUCGAUUCCUCAACAACCUUUGCCCAGAAGCUCGAUAUAUUCGGGUCCGACUCCUUUCCUUUAACCUCCAAAUUGAGAAGCUAACGACAUCAUCCUCUUCUACAACAACCAUUCUUCACCGCCGCCAGCCCUUCGCGCCUACUGCCACCAGUGAGGAGUGUUUGCAAGUGAUGUGGUUUGACCUGGCUAAAGUGGUGAAGAAAUGAAGUUGGAGCAACACCGAGACGAUUUUAGUGUUCUUUGUGUGGUGUGCCUGAGCUUCUUCGGUGGGUACAGAUUUGGGGAUA